UUAACUUUCCCACAUAAAGGCGUGGCAGUCCCCAACUUUCACCGGUAAAAAUGAUGAAAGCCGUCGUUUUCCUUUGCCUUGUCGCCAUGGCGGCCGCCCAACGGCAGUACGUGUGGGAUCUGUUGAAGCCGGCGUUGAACGCGGCGGAAGUGCAGACUAUCCUGGCCAACCGGGACACCAACCAGUACCCCAACUACAACACCAUCCCGCAGACGGGAUUCAACUGUCAAAGCAAGAAGCAGCCGGGAUUCUACGCCGACACCGAGGCCCAGUGCCAGGUGUUCCAUCGCUGCGAUAUCAACGGCAACCAGACUAGCUAUCUGUGUGUUAACAGCACCGUCUUCAACCAAGUGACGCUCAUCUGUGAUUAUUUUUUUAACGUCGAUUGCCAACGAUUCGCAGCCUAUGAAGACUUCGCCAACUCCCGCCUGUACACUGACCAGCCGCUCUUCGAUACCCCUCCGGCUGACUACGUCCCGCCCGGUGUGGGAGCCCCGCAGAUCUUGGCUGUGCAGCCGGUUGCUGCCUUACCUAAGCCCAAGCCUCUUCCUAAACCGCGAUCGGCCGGUCGCCGCUAAACUUCCGGAGUGCCCUUCCCAACUGGAGGGUGUCACACGCUUUGCAGUAUUAAGGCAACCUACGGUCACCAAAACGAUGUCGCUGAUGCAGGCGCUUGCAUCUUCGCAUGACGAUGACUUUCUGUAAUACAACCAGCUUGAUGCUUUUCCUGAAACAUUCGGGUGGUCAUAUGUUGCUCAAUGUCGAAUUAAAAUCGGAU